AUGAAUCCCUACGCGGGCACCCUGAAGCGCCUCCAGGACGCCUUCUACUCUGGGAGAACCCGUCCACUAAAAUUCCGAAUUAAUCAGCUACGCAGCUUGAGCCGCUUCCUGAAGGAAAACCGAAAUUUACUGCUGGAUACCCUGGCCCAGGAUCUAAACAAGCCCAGUUUUGAAGCUGAGCUUUCCGAGAUUGUCUUAUGCGAAGAGGAAAUCCAGCUCGCUCUGAACAACCUCCACAAGUGGGUGAAGGAUGAGCCAGUGGAGAAGAAUCUGGUCACCCAGCUGGACUCGGCUUUCAUCCGGAAGGAGCCCUACGGCGUGGCCCUCAUCAUCGCCCCCUGGAAUUACCCUUUGAACCUCUUGCUGGUGCCUUUGGUGGGAGCCAUCGCUGCAGGUAACUGUGUGGUUCUGAAGCCCUCGGAAGUCAGCAAGAGCAUGGAGCAGGUCAUCGCUGAGGUGCUGCCCCGCUAUCUGGACCAGAACUGCUUCGCCACCGUGCUGGGAGGUCCCCGGGAGGCCACUCUUCUGCUCAAGAACAAAUUUGACUACAUCUUCUUCACAGGGAGCCCCACCGUGGGCCGGAUCGUCAUGGCCGCAGCCUCCCAGCACCUGACCCCCAUCACCCUGGAGCUGGGGGGCAAGAACCCCUGCUACGUGGACGACAACUGCGAUCCCCAGACCGUGGCCAACCGCGUGGCCUGGUUCCGCUUCUUCAACGCGGGCCAGACGUGCGUGGCCCCGGACUACGUGCUGUGCAGCCCGGAGACGCGGGAGAAGCUGCUGCCCGCCCUGCAGCGCGCUGUGACCCAGUUCUACGGGAAGGACCCCCAGUGCUCCCCGGACCUGGCCCGCAUCAUCAGCCCCAAGCACUUCCUCAGGCUCCGGGGCCUGCUGGGCAGCGGCCGCGUGGCCCUCGGCGGCCAGUCGGACGAGCAGGAACGCUACAUCGCCCCCACGGUGCUGGUGGAUGUGAAGGAGACGGACCCCGUGAUGCAGGAAGAGAUCUUUGGGCCCAUUUUGCCCAUCCUGACCGUGGGCGGGGUCGAGGAGGCCAUCGCCUUCAUCAGGAAGAGGGAGAAGCCCCUGGCUCUGUUCGCCUUCUCCAAUGACUCGAAAGUGGUGAAUAAAGUCCUGGAGCAGACCAGCAGCGGCACCUUCGGGGGGAACGACGGCUUCAUGUUUAUGACAAUCAUAUCCAUGCCUUUUGGGGGCGUCGGUCACAGCGGGAUGGGCAAAUAUCAUGGCAAGUUCACCUUUGACACCUUCUCCCACGGGCGAGGUUGCCUCCUUCGGAGUCCACAUUUGGAGUUCAUCAACAAGUUCCGCUACCCGCCCUAUGCCCCGGGGCGCCAGGGGCUGCUGGUGUGGCUUUUGAAGCACAAACUGAGCCUCCCUUGCUCCAUCCUGUGAACCGCCUCCAUCAUCCUGGAUCUUCUGGUACUUAUAGGCUUGGGAGGGGAGGAUUUCCUCCCUUGUGUUGGGUGUUCUACUCCCUGUCUCUCACAACCUCAGAUACCCUGCCUGAGCCCCAUCAUGGUAAUCUCUUUGGCCCUAGACCUUCCCCGACUAGAGAAGAAAGGGUCUUUUUAUAUAAAAAUUGCUAUUAGCACACUUACAAAUAAUAUUGUAAGAUCACAGGUCCAGCUCUGAAAAAGAACUUGGAGGACAGAAGCCCAACUUUUUAUGGAUGAAGAAGCAGUCUUAGAAGAGCUAAGGGAUGCCCCAAAUCACUUUAGUAGUAAAUGACAGAAACCAAAUUCAAACUGGGAUCCAGGGCUUCCUCUCAUUGCAUCACAUUAAUAUAAUGUCAAUACCCAAUGUCAUCCAUCACAUCCCCUUCAGGAAAGCAUGUUUUCAUGGUUGUAGCUCAUCUCUCUGUAAUGUCCAGACUAGCUUUCUUGAGCUCUCUGGAGUCUGAAGUCUGAAAUUGAGCUUGAGCUCACUCUCACUUGAGUCUCUCUCUCGAGACUGCUUAUUUCAAAUCUUCUCAGCCCUUGUAUAUCUUAGUACAAUGACAUCACUACAGCACACUGAGCCGUGUGUCAAUUGUAGAACCAUUACCAUACUAAGUAUAUAUAAACUAGAGAACAAUCAUCUCAUUAAUCACACUGAGUUAACACCCUGCUGUAAAUAUCUUUGCUUCAAGUGUACUUUUCUCAGAAUUCCCCAAUAUCUGUGGUCCUCUAUAUCUCCCACUUUCUUUUGUUUUAGAACACAGGUGGUCACACCCUCCCUGACUUCUCAGGAAGGGAAGCGAAAACGCCAAAGGGAGAUGAGGAGUCAAACCAAAUAUUGUUAGCAAGUUUUCUUUGGGCUGAAGGGUCUUACUUGAAACAGGUAUACAUAAAUCCAUCAGCAUGGGAAGUAUUACGCACAUAGUAAUAUAACACAGGCUAAUAGUGAUGUAACAAACAAUGUGAAUCAAUAUGAGGAAUUAUACAUGUCCAUAAGUCCUAGAAGAAGGGUAUAUAAGUAACAAUUACACAUAUAACUCCUUCAGCAGCCAAGAGAAAGUCCAACUGUAGAACCAUUACAUCAUCAUGCUAAGUACUAAGUAUAUUUAAACUAGAAGAUCAUUAUCUCAUUAAUCACACUGAAUUAACACCCUGCUGUAUCUUUGCUUCAAGUAUACUUUUCUCAAAGUUCUUUAACACAGAUCCUAACUCCUAAUGACUUAUGUGGAACCAGGAUUCUGAGGUUGUCUCCUUGGUCAUGCUCCUGAGGAGCUUGGGAUUACUGCAAAAAGAUCAUUGGUCACAUGCACAGUGGCAAUGUCUUCCCUCAUUUAGCCUAACUUUGGGUACUCCUAUCUAUAUAAUCCUCUACCCAGGGGUGAUUUUUCCUUUAGCCUGUUUAACCAUCCAUAGAGGAGCUCCUUCUGGAGUGCUGAGGAUGCUCUGACUUGGUCUAUAUUUGAAUGCUUUUUACCUCACGGCUGUAAUAAAGAAUGUCUUGGCUAAAUUAGAAAGUUUAAAUAUGGAAUCAGCUCUUAGACACUUAUUGUUAUGAAAUUACUGUCUGUAACAAUUGCUACCUGGUAACAUUAAACUUUGGAUCUUUGGAGUAGAGACGCGUAGCCCGUCCCUGGGCUCAUCUUCAAAGCCUUUCUAACUUGGAAAGGUCUGCCUCUCAUUCCAACCAACAAUCAAUCCAUUGUAGGAUCCCAUUGCUCCAUAGAGGGUCUCCCAUCUACUCAAAUUCACUGUUUACAAGCCCGCAGCUCCAUUGAAUAUCCUUCAACCAAGAGCAAUAUUGAACAUGUGGCAGUGGAGUAAGAGAAAGAAUAUUAACUUGGAUCAAUGAGUCGACAAGCAUUUAUUGAGAGUUAAGAAAGGAGUGAAAAGAAGAGGGAGUUCCUGAGAAUAAAAAGAAGAGAAAGGAGAAUGGAAAAUCAAAUGAGAAUUUAGUUGUUUUUUUUUUUUUGUGAAGCUUUUUUUAUUUUUUUGCUCAAGACCACACAGCAAGGAAGUGUAAAGUGUCUGAGGCCAGAUUUGAACUCAGGUCUUAUUGACUUCGGGGCUGGUGCUGUACCCACUGUACCACCUAGGAUUUAGGGCUUUUAAGAAGGAAGGAGACAUGGGUAUAUUGGUAGGCAACAAAGAAGGAACUGUACUUAUGGAGUAGAUAUGACUUAGGGAUGG